ACAAGACUACAAACUUGUUUUAACUGACUAGUCAUAUUACUUUUCAUUUCCAUGCCUUUCAUUUCGAUUUUCGAAUAAAAUUGAGUCACCUGCGACAGCUUUUGCUGACUGAGUCGGCAUGGAGCUGCAGGAGAAUUCGUGGAUGCGCCUUGUAAAACUUGUUUUCCAAGAGCGCGCCAGAACAGAGGCGAUAAUGGAGGCGAAAAUGCAGGAGUUGCACUCCAUCAUAUUAGCUGAGGUGGAGUUGAAGCUGAGCUCCUUCAAGAGGAUGGUCAUUGAGCAGGAGCGAAGGGCAGGGCCUGAGUUCAGUAGCCUGGGUCACAUUAGCUGGGCCAUGACUCUUGAUGAUCAAGCAAAACUGAGGCGCUGGGAAAGAGAGGAGGAGGAAUUGAGGUGGAUGAGGAUGCAGCAGAUGAGGCCAGCGCAAAAGCAGGCGUGGAGCCCUCAACCGAGGGUGGAAGUGAAGCCCAGUGACACUGAGGCCCGACUGAGAGAAGAGCUGGCUGCAAGAGAGCAGCAGGAGCUAAAAGCCAGAAUGAAGGCCCUGGAAGACAGCUUGAAAUUAAUGGAGGACUGUAGGAGGGAUAUGAAGGACCUUGUGGCAAAGACAAAGGAGCAGGAGAGAUGGGAGGCCGAGAGAGAGAAAGCUCUUGAGGAGGAACGGAAAAGAGUUGAGAAUGAAAAACAGGAAAGAGAAAAAGAGGAGUCUAGGAAAGAGAUGGAAAGGGAGGCAAAGAUGCAGGAAAAGAAACUAGAGGAGAUGAAACAGCGUGAGAUUGAGGUCAAGCAAAAAGAGGAGGCCGCAAGAAAAGCUCUUGAGGAAGAACGCCAGUGUGAAAUGGCUCAGUUACAUCAAAGGGAAAUUGAAGCAGAGAGAAUACAUAUUGAGACUGAGGAGGCAAAGAGUCAGGAAAACAAACUCAAGGAGAUGACAAAGCGUGAGAUUGAGGUUGCACAAAAAGAGGAGGCCGCCAGAAAAGCUCUUGAGAGAGAUCAUCAAUGUCAAAUUGCUGAGUCGCAUCAAAGGGAAAUUGAAGCAGAGAGGCUACUUAUUGAGACUGAGAAAAAACGUCUGGAAAGACAGAAGAAGGUCUUGAAGCAGAAGGUAGAACAGCUUCAGAGGAACGAGGGGAAAAUGGCCUGGGAGCAUGAGACAGAGAGGAAGAGACUGGAAAGGGAGAUGAGGGAUCUGAAGCAGGAAGUGGAAGUGCUUCAGAGGACCAAUGAGGCCAGGGAGUAUGAGGCCCGGAAAGAGAAACAGAACUUUGAGAGGGCCAAGAGAGAGAUGAGGGCGAUGAAGAUGCAAAGAGAAAAGCAAGAAAGCAAGAAAAAGAGGGAUGAGGCCGCUCAACGUAACAACUGUGAUGUUGCCUAUGACUCUGAUGACAGUUACUAUGAGGAUUCAUGGAAAGAAGAAGGCAAAGAGCAGCGGCCAGAGGUCACUACCAUCAGCGCUAGUGCCAUCAACACGGCUGUGGUCCGCAAGCCAAGAAAGGCAACUUUAACUGAGAAGCCAGCUGAUGUGUCUCGUGCGCCACCUGUGAAAAGCACAACUAAGAAAGCUAACAAACGUGCACCUGCUCAGGAGGAAGAUGAAGACUCUCCUGAUGACAGUGAUGAGGUGCAGCCUAUUUCUAGUGGCACCAAGACUGCUGUGACCCGCAAGCCAAAGAAGACAACUGUACAGCAGAAGCCAGAUGUGACUCGUAUGCCACCUGUGAAAAGUACAGCUAAAGAACAAAGUGCUCAGGAGGAGGAUGAAGACUCUCAGGAUAAUAGCCAUGAGGAGUGGCCUAGUCCUAGUGGUAACAGGACUGUUGUGGCCCAAAAACUGGAAACGGCGACUUCACCACCCCAAGAGUCAGUGGAUGCGCCUUGUGUGCCACCUAUGAAAAGCACAGCUAAAAAAGCUAAAAAACGUGGACCUGCAAAGGAGAAAGAUGAAAACUGUUCUGAUGGCAGCGAUGAGAAGCAGGCUAGUCCUAAUAGCACCAAGAAGACUGCUGUGACCCGGAAAGCUCAAACAGUAACUUCACCAACACGAGAGCCAGCGAAUGUGUCUCAUGUGCCAGUGGAGGGCAGUGCAGCCAAACAAGAAAGUGCCACUUGUCAGGAGGAAGACGAGAGCUCUCCUUGGGACAGCGAUGAGGACCCCAAUCCCCAAACCGCAUCUAAAUCAAAAGUGCCUCGUGUGCCACCUGUGAACACUGCCAUCACUAGCCGGAGCAAGCCUGUGGGAGCACCACACAUUCAGAAAGCACCUGUACCUGUGCAGCAGCACACUAAUGUGAGCAGUGGUCCUGUGAAAGGAAACACAGGUGCCAUUGAGAAACCAGUCAAGGCUUUGACUGAUGAGGAGCUGGUUGAAUUAGAACUCCAGCAGUUUGACAAAGAGCUCACAGGUAACUCCAGCCACAAAAAACCUGUUGUGGCCUCAAACACUCAGAAAGCAGCGGUGUCCAUUAAACAAAACACAAGUGUCAAGAAACCUGUUGUGGCCUCAAGCAUUCUGAAAUCAGCAGUGCCUGUUAAACACACACAUGUGCCCAUUAAAGGAAGCACAACUGUCAAAAAACCAGUCAAGGCUUUGACUGACGAUGACCUGUUCGAUUUAGAACUUGAGCAGCUUGACAAAGAGCUGAACUCCAGCUCCAGCAACAAAAAAACAUCCAUGGCUUCAACCACCCAGAAGGCAUCAAUGGUUGGGGGAGAUACUAAGACGGCCACCACAUCCAUGAAACAAGGCAGUAUGCACAGCAUGCAGGUUGAGAAAAAUAGGCCUACAUAUGGCAAGGCACCAGCAAGUGACAUCUUUGAUCCCUGGUCUGAUGAAGAGUGUCAUUCCACGACAAAGACCCAAACACAGAAAAAGACCACUCCACUCUCACAUAUGGACAAGGUGGACACAUUUGCCAUGGAAAGGGAGUUAGAGAGACGAAUGAAUAAUGAGACUACCACAGCCAAGAAGUGGGGACAUCAAGAUGUUAAAAAGCCUCAAGCACUGCUAAAGAAUACUGUACCCACAAACCUGGAAGAAGUGGACACAUUUGCCAUGGAAAGGGAGUUAGAGAGACUGAACAAGCAAAAUGAAAAAGAAGAGUUUGAGAGGAGAGCCAAUGAGCUCCUCAAAAGCCGAAGGAGUGUGUCAGGUAGCAGCCUAACAGGUGGUAAUGCCAGCAGCAGCUUCACAAGUGCCCGGGCGGGUGGCAGCCUAACCGGUAUGAAUGCAGGCAGCAGCUUCACAGGUGCCCGGGCGGGUAGUAACCCAACAGGUGUGAAUGCAAGCAGCAGCUUCACAGGUGCACGGGCAGGUAGCAGCCUAACAGGUGGGAAUGCCAGCAGCAGCUUCACAGGUGCACGGGCAGGUAGCAGCCUGACCAGUGUCAGGACGGGCAGUAGCCUUGGUGGAAUCGCAGGACAAUCAAAUACCAACCUAGGCCUAAAGCAGCCUGCCUAUAUGAAAUACCUUAACCGGGACAGGUGAUAGAGGAAGCAUCAAGCCUGUGACCAGAAAGGCAUGCAGAUUAAAACAUACUGUAGACCUGCACUGAUUUGUAAACGUCAAUCAAACAUUCAAUUAAUGCUACCAUACUUGAUGAUAUACUACAUUUCCUUAAAAGUGUUCUGUUUUUCAAUACAUUCUUUUAAAAUUGC